GCUGCUGCUUAUUUAGAGAGACUUUCUGUUUAAUAUAUAAUGACUUCCAGGAUGGAUAACAAGUCUUACUUGGUUCAGAUGAAUGGGAAUGGAGUCCACAGCAAAAGCACCGUCAAUGGCAAAAGCCUGAAUGGGCCCGGAGUCAAUGGGAAGGGAGUGCACGGGAACGACAUCCACCACGUCAGUGUGAAUGGCAGUUUGUAUCCGACCAAAGCCAAGAGACGCAUGCAGAGAUGGGAGGUGAAGCCCUCAGAGAUGGCCAACAACACACUCAAUCCCAUCAGAGCCAUUGUGGAUGGGAUGAAGAUUAUACCCAACCCCGAUAAACCCAUGAUCGCUCUCUCCAUAGGGGAUCCCACUGUGUUCGGAAACCUGCCUACAGAUGGUGCAGUGCUGCAGGCCAUGAAAGACGCCAUAGACUCCCAAAAAUACAAUGGCUAUGCUCCUUCCGUUGGUUAUCUGAAGAGCCGACAGGCGGUGGCCAACUUUUAUAGCUGCCCCGAGGCUCCACUAGAGGCAGAGGAUGUGAUUUUGACCAGCGGCUGCAGCCAGGCCAUUGACCUGGCUAUCAGUGUCCUGUGUAACCCAGGGGACAACAUCCUGGUCCCAUGCCCAGGCUUCUCCUUAUAUAAGACUUUGGCUGUCUCCAUGGGCAUUGAUGUCAAACUCUACAACCUGCUGCCAGAGAAGUCAUGGGAGGUUGACCUGCAACAGAUGGAGAGCAUGAUCGACGAGCGGACAUCCUGUCUGAUUGUUACCAAUCCAUCCAACCCGUGCGGCUCUGUCUUCAGCAAGGAACACCUACAGAAAAUCAUCAAAGUGGCCUCCAGACACUGCGUUCCCAUUCUGGCUGAUGAGAUCUACAGCGAUAUGGUUUUCCCAGGUUGCGAUUGUCCUUCCAUGGCGUCUCUCAGCAGUGACGUUCCCAUUCUUUCCUGCGGCGGCUUGGCUAAGCGCUGGCUGGUCCCCGGUUGGAGGAUGGGAUGGAUCCUCAUCCAUGACAGGAAUGAUAUAUUUGGAUCCGAGAUUCGACAGGGUCUGGUGAAACUGAGCCAACGUAUUCUGGGAGCCUGCAGUAUCAUCCAGGGGGCCCUGGAUAGCAUCCUCAACAACACACCUCAAAGCUUCUACAACAAAACGAUCAGCUUUCUGAAGACCAACUCUGAGAUCUGUUUCAAUGAGUUGUGCACUGUCCCUGGCCUGAACCCUGUCAUGCCUUCGGGGGCAAUGUACCUCAUGGUGGGGAUUGACAUGGAUCGCUUUCCAGACUUUAAGAAUGAUGUGGACUUUACUGAGCGGCUGGUGACCGAGCAGUCUGUCUUCUGUCUUCCUGCCUCAGCGUUUGAGUACCCCAACUUCUUUCGCAUUGUGGUGACGGUGCCGGAGGAGCUGAUGGUGGACGCUUGUGGUCGUAUCAGGGAGUUUUGCCAGCACUACAAUCGACCCCGCAGCAGUGACAGCAAUGAUCUGGACCAGUGAUGCCGCAGAGCAUGGACUUCAUUGAGACCAAAGGAUGGAAGAAUUGUUCUCUCGUCACAUAUACUGAGUUGGAAUCAGCUUUGAAAUUGUAUUCCACCGUGUUAUGAAGUUAGAGAGUUAGAGAUGUAGAAAUGUGUUAAUAUUGUUAUCACUGUGGCAACAAAAGAUUGGAAGUGACAUAUCUGAUGGUCCAUUGUUGUUGUAAUUUUUUAUGUAAACCAUAUGAAAUGAGCAGACCUAAUAUUUAUAUUUUAUACAGGCAACGUAUAUUACUUGUUCUUGUGUAUUUAUAUAAUUUGUGUAAUGUAAUGUAACCUUUUUGGUAUAAACUGCAGUGCAUGAUGUGCACACCAGCUGGCUUCUUUGCUGUCACAAUUAGGCGAAGGGAAUAUAUAUUUGAAUAUCCAUUUUUAUAAACGUUAUGUAUUGAUAUUCUUUUGCUUGUGGUAGAAAACAACUUUCAGCAUGCUCUCUGUCAGAAGAUUUGCUGUAUUUGUUUGUAUGUUAAUUGUGUGUCACACAAUCAUAUAUAUAUAUUUUAUUUUUACAGACACAAAGUUGUACUUAG